UAGUCUGCUCUGAGCUCCAUGAACCAGGGCAGUCCAGAAUCUUCCGGUCAGGCAAAAUGGGCACAGUGGUGUCUGUCCUGCUAUCCUUGCUACUCUUUCUGGGUCCUGCAGUCCCUCAGGAGACCCAAGCUGGGCCUUACUCUCUGAGCUUCUUCUACACCGGGCUGUCCAAGCCCAGGGACGGCUUCCCCAGCUUCCAGGCCACAGCCUACCUCAAUGACCAGGAUUUCUUUCACUAUGACAGUGAAGAUAGGAAAGCCAUACCCUGGUACCCCUGGAGCCAGAUGGAAGGAAUAGAGGAUUGGGAGAACGAGAGUGAACUUCAAAAGGCCAGGGAGGACAUCUUCAUGGUGACCCUGAAGGACAUCAUGGACUAUUACAAGGAUACAGAAGGGGCUCACACCUUUCAGGGAGUGUUUGGCUGUGAGCUCUGGAAUAACAAAAGCAGUGGAGCAUUCUGGAGGUACGCCUACGAUGGAAGGAACUUCAUCGAGUUCAACAAAGAAAUCCCAGCCUGGGUUCCCCAGGACCCAGCAGCUCUGAACACCAAGCAGAAGUGGGAGGCGGAAAAGGUCUACGUGCUGCGGGCCAAGGCCUAUCUGGAGGAGGAGUGCCCGGCAAUGCUGCGGAAGUACCUACAAUACGGCAAGACCUACCUGGACCGACAAGAUCCCCCCUCCGUGUCCAUCACCAGCCACCGGACCCCAGGAGAAACUCAGACACUCAAGUGCCGAGCCGAUGGCUUCUACCCACGAGAAAUUGAGCUGCACUGGAUUCAGGGGGACGAUACACAGGAGGCUGAGUCGGGGGGAGACGUUGUUCCCAGCGGAAACAGCACUUACCAGUCCUGGGUGGUGAUGUCAGUUUCCCUGCAGGACAGAGCCUCCAGCUCCUACUCCUGCCGCGUGAAGCACAGCAGCCUGGCCCAGCCCCUCCCUGUGCUGUGGGCGGGAGCGAGGGCCGAAGGCUCGGAGGGCACCCGGGCGCAGUAGCCAACCCCGCUGCGGGACAGGAGAGAGGAGCUCUAGAGGCCAGGGGUCAGGUGGUGGAUUCAGGGACACAGAAGCCUAGAAUGCCGGCCACAGAGCUGACUCACAGCUCAAUUGUCUUGCAAAACCCCAUUAAUCUAAUCUGUGAAUCAAAUCAACAGUAAUCACCUUGCCUAGCACACAAUGUAGAAAAGUAUUUUUUUAAACAGAUAUAAAAAUGGGAGUAGAUGUUACCCUUCAUCCUGUGCUUCCAAGCCUUCGAUUCAUCUGAAAUUCUUGGUACCGACUUAAAGCAACGUUUACGGGGCAUCCUGCCCUGGGGGGUCCACUGUAGCGUGGCGUGGACCGUCUGGUCCCCUGCGCCUUGUUCAGGAGCCCACUGUGGAUGUCCCGUCUGUUGUGAGGUCAUAGAACCUCUUUAAUACAACCCACUCCUCUUCUGUGCCUCAGUUGCCCAGACCUGCCUCCUCCCAGUGAGCUGCCACCCUCCACCUUCUGGUCUUGGAGCCUCCACAGACCCUAGCUCAUCUGAGAGGCUUCCUCCCUCCAGGACGCACUCCCAGGAAAACAGGAAUCAGAUGUUCUUGGACUCCCUCCAAAUUCAUCUGAGUUUGUUUGUUUUUUUUUAACCCAGUCACCCACCACCAUCCACAGGUUUAAAAACCCCAAAAGACAGAACAGACCUCUUCACCCCUGACCUGUCUAUGAAGCCCAUCUGCGAGACGCACACUUCCUUCCCUUCCCAGCCCCAGCCUCCAAGCUGGGCUCCUUAAGGAAAUCAUCCCCCGCAUUCAGUAUGCCGAGCUGACCCUUAGUCUUUCUUGAAAGCCUAAAUUUGAAGGUUCUACUUGUUAUUUUUGAUACUUUGACCCAGUUUGGAAAUCAAAGCUGAGAAAUAGCUUCCUCAGUCUAUGUGAAAUCCACAUUCCUCUCCUCUAGAACCAAAAACAAAAAAAAAAAGUCCUGUUUGAACAGUAGAGGCUGCAGAGACAAUCCAAACAGUCAAGAUGGAAAAAUAUGGCCGUGAACAAAUAAAGAAAACCACAUGACAGGAGAAGGAUUUCAGAUCAAUAAGGAAAACCAAAGUCCACAGGAACAGGCCAGGCUAAGGCAGACUGGAAUGUGAGACCCCGCCCCACCACGGCAGGAGAGUUGGGUUGGGGGUGGGCAGGGGGAGGGAACCUCAGGAGACCCCAGUCCUGGCCAGCUGUGGGGGAAGGGGAGAGGGACACAGAGUCACUCAGACAUCCAGAGAGACUUCCUGGAGAGAUUCAGAUUUCAGAGGAGGAAGUGAAGGCCAAAACAGCUGGCCAAGAAGAGAUGAAAGAUUGUUCCUGACCAGUUGGGCGUGAGAUGGUGAGGGGAGGGCCACAGGGGCCUGACAAGGGACAUGACUGAGGGUGGGGCUGGGCUGUGGGCGUCACCAGGCACACCAGGGACCCA